GUUCCCGCCGCCUGGCCCUGAGGGAGGUGCGGCUGCCGGUUGCCGGCCGGAAGCGGAAGCGCUGUGCAGCGCGCGCAGCGCCAUGGCGUCUGUGGUGCUGAGUGAUGCGGAGAAGCUGUACAUCAUACACGGCGUCCAGGAGGAUCUCCGUGUGGAUGGCCGUGGCUGUGAAGAUUACAGAUGUGCAGAAGUGGAAACGGAUGUGGUAUCCAACACAAGUGGAUCUGCGAGAGUGAAGCUGGGACAUACUGAUAUCUUGGUUGGUGUAAAAGCUGAAAUGGGGACACCAAAGUUGGAGAAACCAGAUGAAGGUUAUCUGGAAUUCUUUGUUGACUGUUCUGCAAAUGCUACUCCUGAAUUUGAAGGCCGGGGAGGAGAAGAACUUGGCACAGAGAUAGCAAGUACUCUCUACAGAAUAUUUAGCAGUGAGGGGAGCGUAGACUUGAAAUCUCUUUGCAUUAAUCCCAGGGAACACUGCUGGGUUCUCUAUGUUGAUGUAUUGUUACUGGAAUGUGGUGGGAACCUCUUUGAUGCAAUCUCUAUCGCGGUGAAGGCAGCUCUCUUUAACACAAGAAUACCCAAAGUACGUGUUCUGGAGGAUGAAGAAGGCUCUAAAGAGAUUGAGCUCUCUGAUGACCCUUACGAUUGUAUUCGACUUAAUGUGGAUGAUGUGCCCUGCAUUGUAACGCUGAACAAAAUUGGAUAUAGGCAUGUGGUGGAUGCUACCCUUCAGGAAGAAGCCUGUUGUUUGGCCAGCCUGCUUAUUGCUAUAACCAGUAAAGGUGCCCUCACUUGUAUGAAGAAAAUAGGGAAAGGUAGCCUUGAUCCUGAGAGCAUUUUUGAAAUGAUGGAGACUGGAAAGAAAGUAGGAAAGUCAUUGCACGCAUCACUUCAGAAGGUUUUGGAUGAAGAGGAGAGUUUGGGGACCACACGUCAGAAAGUUGGAUUUCUAGGAUGAGUUUUUAUUAAAUGUUCAAAACUGUUUUUAACCAGUUGUGCAAAUCUUGUCUGUUUCGUAUAUAGAGAAAGGAUGUUUUUGUUGCAGUACGUAGCUUCCAACUAAGAGGCUUUAGAAGUGUUACUGAGCUGAAAGAAAGUGAUAGUUAGAUAGUUAUAUGUGAUAUAUAUAUAUAUAUAUAUAUGUGAUAUAGAUAGAUAGUUAGAUGUGAAGGGCAAAUGGGGGAUGCUUCCCAUAUGGGUAAUUGCCUGCACCUAGGAUGCACACCCACAAUUGAUGCAAUAGCACGGGAAAUGCUCAAGUCUGUUUUCAAGGGUGACUGAUGUUGGUUCCGCUUAAUUCAGUUCGCAUGUGCUCUGCUUCUGCAGACCAGCUGUUGAGUUUGAGAGCAUCUGUGGGGGUGUCCUUGGUACAGCACAAGCCAGGUUUUGGGCCUCUUAGAACUUCUUUGUUCAUCAGCCAGAUAAUUCAUAUUAAUGGGAGAAAGAAAGUGUUACUUAAUGAAAGUCUUCCUUCAAAUUAUCUUGCAUUUCUUUCAGUAAAAAGAAGUUAGGUUUUACUAUAAAUGCAAUAUGCUCACAAGCUUCUAAAUCCUAUUUUAAAAUAAGAUAUUUUAUUAAAUAAAACUCCAUCUGUCCCUCUUGCCAGCAGAUGCAAUAGCCUGGGCGAAACCUCUUAUGGUGGAGAAGGGGCACAGCUAAGGUUGAAGGGAAAAUAAUGAAUUUUUCUGAGUUUGCUAGUUCAGCUGGAAAAGCAUAGUGGCUGUGAGUAAUGAUCCUUAAGGUCGUGGGGCAGCCGUGCUACAGGCCUAAAGUCUCACUUCUGCUAUUGCCCUACAGAGGCAUGUGAGAGAAUGCAGGUUUUUUGCUUCGCUGGACUGGAGCUGGAGUGAACAGGGAGGCAGUUGUACAGCUUGUGACAAGAGGAAAACUCUUGUUAUUCUGCUUUGUUUUCACAAAGAUUGGAAUACAUCAAAGCUGGGAAAUACAGGAGAAAAUGCCAGAUAACGUGUGCAGUUGAGUUGUUUCACCAGAUCCUCAAAGCAGUGGAUGCCUGCAGCAGUUGGCUUGUACAGAAAAGAGCAAGAGCUGUUCCUCCUGCAUGAUAGGAAGAGAUGACAGAUUGGAGAAGUUGGAGGAAAAGUUAAAUUAUAAGAAGGGGUUUCAGCUGUGUUAGCAGCUGAAGUUUCCUGUUGUAAUUUCCUAAUACCAGAUGUAGAAAAUUUCUUGACUGGAACAUGUUUGCUGAAGGUGAGCUGAUUAUAGCGCAAAACAACUAUGCCCACAUUAAAACAGCAAUCUCAAAAUCUCUUCAGUCCUUUUCCUAGAGCUUGGUAAGAUAAUUAUUCAAGGUGAAGUGCAGUGCUGCUGUGUAUGUCAGAUACGUGCAGCCAAUACCGUAAUGAGCAAGUAGAAAAAUUCCACAACAUUUGCCCAAGAUGCCUUGUUUCAAAUAGUUUGGAGGUUCUUCUCUGCACUUGAAGUGAUGGGUUUGGUAAGUUACGAUAACAAGAGACAAGGAGUGAUUAUGAUUAUGUAGAUCAUCUUUAGUUACUCAAUUAGAGUUAUUUUGUGUGGAGCAAAGACUAACCUGACGUAAGUUUUAUGGUAGAUGUGUUUUAUUCCUUGCCAUGCAAAGCUACUUCUGGAAAGAAAGAAAACUGAAGGGAAAAAAAAAACAA